CGCCCCGCCCCCUGCUCCCCGCCCCCUACUCUCUUAGGUGGCGCCGGCUUGCGGCCGGUGUGGCGGCGGUGUUGGCUCUAGAAGCCGGACCGGGCACAUUCACUGUACAGGCGGCAGGGCUAUGAUCGCCGGCUCCCAAAGGCCCGCUCCGCAUCUCAGCACGAUCCUGAGCGCAAGCCUGAGCAUUCUCUUCAGCCAAGUCCCCCGGCGCGUUCGGCUGCUCCCCGGGCGCGCCCCCUCCGAUGGCGGCGGAGAUCCAGCCCCAGCCACUGACCCGCAAGCCGAUCCUGCUGCAGCGGGUCGAGGGGUCGCAGGAGGUGGUCAACAUGGCGGUGAUUGUACCUAAAGAAGAGGGUGUCAUCAGCGUCUCGGAGGACAGGACAGUUCGUGUUUGGUUAAAGAGGGACAGUGGACAGUACUGGCCAAGCAUUUACCAUGCAAUGCCUUCUCCAUGUUCAUGCAUGUCUUUUAACCCGGAAACAAGAAGACUGUCCAUAGGUCUAGACAAUGGUACAAUCUCAGAGUUUAUUUUGUCUGAAGACUAUAACAAGAUGACACCUGUGAAAAACUAUCAAGCGCAUCAGAGCAGAGUGACGAUGGUCCUGUUUGUUUUGGAACUGGAGUGGGUGCUGAGCACAGGACAGGACAAGCAGUUCGCCUGGCACUGCUCUGAGAGUGGGCAGCGCCUGGGAGGUUACCGCACCAGUGCUGUGGCUUCAGGCCUGCAAUUUGAUGUUGAGACCCGUCACGUGUUUAUUGGUGAUCACUCGGGCCAAGUAACCAUCCUCAAACUGGAACAAGAAAACUGUACACUGCUCACAUCCUUCAGAGGGCACACAGGAGGGGUGACAGCACUCUGCUGGGACCCGGUCCAGCGCAUGCUAUUCUCAGGCAGUUCUGAUCACUCUGUCAUCAUGUGGGACAUCGGUGGGAGAAAAGGCACGGCCAUCGAGCUCCAAGGACACAAUGACAAAGUCCAGGCCCUCUCCUAUGCACAGCACACGCGGCAGCUCAUCUCAUGUGGCGGUGAUGGUGGCAUUGUCGUCUGGAACAUGGAUGUGGAAAGGCAGGAGACUCCUGAGUGGUUGGACAGUGAUUCCUGCCAAAAGUGUGACCAGCCUUUCUUCUGGAACUUCAAGCAAAUGUGGGACAGUAAGAAAAUUGGACUAAGACAGCACCACUGCCGGAAGUGUGGGAAGGCUGUGUGCGGCAAGUGUAGCUCCAAGCGCUCUUCCAUCCCACUCAUGGGCUUUGAGUUUGAAGUGCGGGUCUGCGACAGCUGCCACGAGGCCAUCACAGAUGAAGAACGUGCUCCCACAGCCACCUUCCAUGAUAGUAAGCAUAACAUUGUGCAUGUGCAUUUUGAUGCAACCAGGGGAUGGUUACUGACUUCUGGAACUGACAAAGUGAUUAAGUUGUGGGACAUGACCCCAGUGGUGUCAUGAUGAGUCUCCCAGGGACUAGGAGAUAGUUUUCACUGAAGAAGCACUUGAGUCCAGCAUCAUUACAGGAGGAGUGAAGCAUCCUAUGAGCAAGAAGAGAUACUGAAGGCUCACAGUGAAUUUGUAUCCUCCCUCUACUGUUACCGUGAACUAGUGAAAGCCAUUCCCUCCCAGGACUCUUUAGUUGUCCAUACCACAGAAAAGAAGAUAUUUUUUUAUCAAAUGGUUUAUACAGCCUGGCUGUGCUGCAUUAUUUUGAGUAUAUUGGAAAAUCUGUGUGGAUGUUUAAGCUUCUGCAUUUCAGCUAUGUGUUGUGCUCAUUGCUUUCUGUGUCAGAAAAAGAGAGAGAGAGAAACAUCUGUUGAAGGUAUUGUGUCCUCGUAAAGCCAUCUCCUCGUUUUCACCCAGCAUGUGCGGACGGUCCUUCUCUUUCAAGGAGUCGUCCUCCACCGGCAUCACUCGCCUCUCGCCACAAUGGAUGAUCACAGUUUGUGCCAGUGUUUCUCUUUCAUGGCCUAGGAUAAGAUUUGGAAAACCAUGAGUGUCCAACAGCUGGCCUCUUGAGUCACCUGGAGGGAGUGGGUGCUUUGUUGGAAGUCUCUGCAGCUCCGUUCUGGCAUUCUCCACCACCCGCAUUAGAAAGUGCUGUACAAGCCUCUGCCGACCAUCAGCAGGGACACAGGUCCUGUGACCAGCCUCACCCUGCAGUGCCUGCAUCUCUCAGAAUUCAGUGAGAGCCUUUUGAGCCUUUUGCAUUUUGGACUAUGGGGUUUUUUAUUAUUAUUAUUAUUAUUAUUAUUAUUAAUUUUUUUGGUACCCUUCCUUCAUUGAUAACAGGAAAGACAAACAGAAAUGUCUGUGCUCUAGAAGGAAGUGUCUUGGAGGUGCAUCUUUCUACGUGGCAUUGUCUCUGUAUGUGAACAUGUAUUACUUUAAGAUUAGAAUCCUGCUCUCUUCACCAAUAAUAAUUUAGUUUCUCUUUUAAAACCAGGUAUUUAAGCAUCUUUAUGUUAAUGUAUACUCUGCUUUGAAGCCAGUGUGUGAUCUAAACAGAGGUACUAAGAAAGGAACAGAAUCCUCCAAAGACAGUCAGGCCAGCUUGAUAAGGUACAUAAGGACUCACUGUGGACUAUCAAGACAGGAUUAAAAGUAGUGACAAGCCUGUGUCAGGAAACCGGCCAGCCUCUCCAAGCCCUUCACCCAUAGUCAUCUGUCAGGAAUAUCACAUUGCCAGGUCAGAAGCCUUCUGCGUAAACAGGCAGAUUGCUCACCCUAGCCUCGCCAUGUCAUCCACCACAGCGUCUUACUCACUUCUGACCUAACAGGUGUUGCCUGGCACAAAGUACUUGAAUGAAACACGGGCCUCCUGUUAGUUGUGUUCUGUUCCUAGAGAAGCAGUUCCUUUCAUGUCAGCGUUGCUCCUCCUUGCAGAGGAAGUAAGUCUCUGUACUGGGAUACCAACCACACUUAGCGCUGGCGACCCAGAGUGCGUCCUAGGACAAGCUGCUUCUGCUACCUGGCCCUGGGAAGCAGGGUUGGUGUGAGCCUCACAUGGCCACACCCCUGGUGGCCACGAUGUGAGAGCAGAAUUCUGCCCAGGAAGUCAUCACCACUGUGAUUUAAGGGCCUGAUCCGUGAAAUGCCACCUAGCUUCAAUCAGGUCACUACAGCUGCUAUGAGUUUUUCCUGCACGGUUGCUCCAUCACAGAGCUUUGAAAGGGGAAUUAGAGCUAACAUAUUCAAAGAUCAAUGGUAUGGUUGAUUGCUAGAAUCUGUAGCCACUUGGCAAGUUGCAGAGAACUGUGUGUUGCAAAUCAGUAACAGAAGUAAGUCUGUCUGAACUGGAGCAUGACUGCCCGAGGAAGGUAAUGCAGUACUAGGGAAACGGAGGCUCGGGCUCCCAGCAAGCCUGUGUGGAUUCUCAGUCCUAUGUAGACGAAUUCAGACCUUCAGUAGAACACUUUACACUACAGCCCAUCCUCAGGAGUGCCCAGAGAUUGAAAGUUGACAGUGAUGAAAAUCAUGGGUGUAUACCACAGAUCGACAAGGUUUCCAUGGCUCUGCCCUUUCUUUCCUCUCUCCUUACCCAUGUGGCUAGUGAUGAAAAAGAAUGUAUCGGAAAAGCAGAUAUGCAUAUGAUACUGUGAAUUCUUCUACUUGCCUGAUGUCUCCAUUAACCCAUAGGAAAAUGCAUGCUGGUGCUCACAGGUGUCCAGGCACUGACCUCGUCCAUCAGGCAUGAGGGCUGGCACAGCCCUCGGCUCGUUUCUCCUCUGGGGUUUACACUUGACUCUUCUUGCUGUACUGUGGAAGCCGCAGCUCUGGUGCUGGUAGUGAGGACAGCCAUGUUUGGAAGUAGGGAGACUGCACACUCAGAGUUUUUUCCUACUUGGUGGAUGAAGAGCAUCUCUCAGUCAUAGUUUUUCCAAAGGAAAGUAUUUAGUGAGCCAUCUGGGUGUCUCCACCUUAGCAAAGAUGGUUUUAGAAUAAGUACUUGGAAUUUUGUAUCAUUUUAUAAAAAGUCAGUCAACAUAAUGUGUUUCUCGUUUAGUUUGAAUUAUUCAUGAAAUUACAAAAAUUAUAGUCGUGAGGAAAACUUGUGGUCUCAGAUGUCCCAGGU